CCGUCGCCCCGCGCGUGCGCAGUGGCGCGUGACCGGCCCAGGCCCUCGGGGGUCCGUGAGUUAGGAGUCCGGGCUGCAGACAGGUGCCCACGCCGAGGGGUCCGUCCGGGUACUCUGCGAUGCGUUGGGGGCUGCGCCGCCGCGCGUCCGGGGCGGCGGCUCUGUCAGCGGCCGGGAGCUGGUGGGGGCCGCCCCGCUUUCCCGGCCACCCUGGCUGGCUGGGGACCGCCCGGAGGCUCGCGGGGCGCUCGGUGGCCGGGGUGGACAACCAGCUGAGCAGCCCGAAUAGCGGCAGAUACCGGGACACGGUGCUGCUACCGCAGACCAGCUUCCCCAUGAAGCUGCUGGGCCGCCAGCAGCCCGACAUGGAGCUGGAGAUCCAGCAGAAAUGUGAGUUUGCAGAACUCUAUUCCUGGCAAAGAAAAAGAAAAGUAAAGACAGAAUUUUGUCUUCAUGAUGGACCUCCUUAUGCCAAUGGCGACCCUCAUGUUGGGCAUGCUUUAAAUAAGAUUCUGAAAGACAUCGCCAAUCGAUACCAUGUGAUGAGAGGCUCCAAAGUGCAUUUUGUUCCUGGCUGGGACUGUCAUGGUCUGCCCAUUGAAACAAAAGUGCUAUCAGAACUUGGUGGGAGAGCUCAGAAUCUUUCGGCUAUGGAAAUUAGAGAGAAAGCUAGAUCAUUUGCAAAAGCAGCCAUUGAAAAACAGAAAGCAGCAUUUGCUCGUUGGGGAGUAAUGGCAGAUUGGAAUAAUUGCUACUACACAUUCGAUGGGAAGUAUGAGGCCAAACAGCUGAGAAUUUUUUACCAAAUGUACGAUCAGGGCUUGGUCUAUCGAUCUUACAAACCAGUGUUCUGGUCCCCCUCAUCAAGAACUGCGUUGGCUGAAGCGGAGCUUGAGUACAAUCCUCAGCAUGUCAGUCAGUCAGUCUACAUAAAAUUCCCUCUGUUGAAACCUCCUCCCAAGCUGGCGUCUCUGACAGAUGGUUCGUCUCCUGUCAGCAUUUUAGUCUGGACCACCCAGCCUUGGACAGUUCCAGCUAAUCAGGCUGUUUGCUAUAUGCCGGAGGCAGAGUAUGCUGUUGUGAAAUGCUGCACUUCUGGAGACCGCUACAUACUAGCUGCAGAUAAAGUAGCUUCUGUUGCUUCUACCUUGGAAACUACAUUUGAGGUUACUUCAACAUUUUCAGGGGUUGAUUUGGAAGGUGGUAGUUGUGGUCACCCUCUGGUUCCUGAUAAAGCCUCUCCUCUCUUACCUGCAACUCAUGUGACCAUGGCCAAAGGAACAGGAUUGGUUCAUACAGCUCCCGCUCAUGGUAUGGAAGAUUACAGUGUAGCAUCUCAACACAGCCUACCUAUGGAUUGCUUAGUGGAUGAAGGUGGAUUUUUCACCAGUGCUGCCGGUCCUGAACUUCAAAGCAAGGCAGUACUUGAAGAAGGAACUGACGUGGUUAUAAAGAUGCUUCAGACUGCAGAGAAUUUGUUGAAAGAAGAAAAAGUGACGCACAGCUAUCCUUAUGACUGGAGGACUAAGAAGCCAGUGGUGAUCCGUGCCUGCAAGCAGUGGUUCGUCAACAUCGCAGAUAUUAAGACCACAGCGAAGGAGUUGUUAAAAACAGUGAAGUUUAUUCCUGGAGCAGCAUUGAACAGCAUGAUCGACAUGCUGGACAGGCGGCCAUAUUGGUGUAUAUCGAGGCAAAGAGCUUGGGGGGUUCCGAUUCCUGUGUUUCAUCAUAAGACAGAAGAUGAAUAUUUGAUCAACAGUGAAACCGUUGAGCACAUAGCUAAACUAGUGGAGCAGCACGGCAGUGAUGUCUGGUGGACUCUUCCCCCUGAGCAGCUUCUCCCAAAAGAAGUCUUAUCUCAGGUUGGUGGUCCCGACUCCUUGGAAUAUGUGCCAGGGCAGGAUAUUUUGGACAUCUGGUUUGACAGUGGAACAUCAUGGUCUAGUGUUCUUCCAGGUACUGACCAAAGAGCAGACUUGUACUUGGAAGGGAAAGACCAGCUUGGUGGCUGGUUUCAGUCCUCCUUACUAACCAGCGUGGCAGCGAGGAAGAAAGCGCCUUUUAAGACAGUGAUUGUUCAUGGAUUUACCCUUGGAGAAAAAGGAGAAAAGAUGUCCAAGUCCCUUGGGAAUGUGGUUAAUCCUGAUGUUGUCAUCAAUGGAGGACAAGAUCAAAACAAAGAGCCUCCAUAUGGUGCUGAUGUCCUGCGAUGGUGGGUGGCUGAAUCCAAUGUAUUCGCUGAAGUGACGGUUGGCCCGUCUGCACUUGGUGCUGCCAGAGAUGACAUUAACAAGCUUAGGAACACACUCCGCUUUCUUUUGGGAAAUGUGACUGGUUUUAACCCAGAGACAGAUUCUGUUUCCGUCAAGAAUAUGUAUGUCAUAGACCAGUAUAUGUUGCACUUACUGCAGGACUUUGCAACUAAGGUUACUGACGCAUACAAACAAUAUGACUUUGGGAAAGUUGUUAGGUUGUUAAAAGCAUUUUAUACCAGAGAACUCUCCAGCUUUUACUUCAGCAUAAUCAAGGAUAGGCUUUACUGUGAAAACGAAAGCGAUUCCAAACGGCGCUCCUGUCAGACAGCACUAGUGGAAAUUUUGGAUGUGUUGGUUCGUUCUUUUGCCCCCAUUCUUCCUCACUUGGCAGAAGAGGUAUUCCAGCACAUUCCCUAUAUUAAAGAACCCAAGAGUGUUUUUCGCACUGGGUGGAUUAAUAUAAGUUCUAUCUGGAAGAAGCCAGGGCUGGAGGAGGCAGUGGAGAGCGCGUGUGCCAUGAGAGAUUCCUUCCUUGGAAGUAUCCCUGGCAAAAACCCCACAGAGUACGAGGUCAUCAUCGUGAUCGAGCCGGGGCUGCUUUUUGAGAUAAUGGAGAUGCUGCAGGCUGAGGAGACCUCCAGCACCUCUCAGCUGAAUGAGUUAAUGAUGGCCUCCCAGUCAACGCUGCUGGCUCAGGAACCACGGGAGAGAACUGCGGAUGGAAUUGAGCUUACAGGGACAUUCCUCAUCAAUCUAGAAGGUGGUGAUAUUCGUGAGGAGUCUUCGUAUAAAGUAAUUGUCAUACCAGCUACCAAAGAAAAGUGCCCUCGAUGUUGGAAGCACACUGCUGAGUCUUCAGAUACUCUGUGUCCUCGAUGUGCAGAGGUUGUUGGUGGAAAGUAGUAUUCAUUCUAGUGGGAACAGCUAUCUGAGCAUGACCCCUCCUGACAGUAUGGACUGGGAGCUUAGAUGAGGUCUUUACAGUCCUGGAAAGUCCAAGGUUUAGGUAAGGAACGGAAGAGGAACUGGUAAAGAAGGGUGGACGUCCAAACUGGGACUGUAAAAGGACCUGCCUGUAACUACAGAAAGUAACGUGUACAUACACACACGGAGCUACGCAUAUACAAACACACAUGUAUACAGGGCAGGGACACAUGCAUACACACCCAUCCAUCCAUCUUUCCAUCCAUGGUGGACUUACUCAGAAACGGACACUGAUAUGCUAUGCUGCUUCCAGUUGUGGCUGGAUAGAAUGUUUUAUAUUUUAUAAAAACAUUUUUGGACUCAGUAUUUAAGUUCUAAGAUGUCUGAAAAUAAAGGUAUUCUGGAAAACUG